AGACAGAACUAUGAACGAGAAGAAGGAAAACGUAAGCGAAUUUCGUACAAAAUGGCAUCAAAAGCUUGACAUUUGUUUUUCUUUUUCUAAUUUUGUUGUUAGUUUAUUUAGAACGAUAAAGCUACUCUAGUAAACACAUAAUCAUAAGGUAAACAUUGAAUCAAGAAUGGCUUCUUCAGAUGCAAUUCAAGUCAGCUCAUUGCCACUUCCUCCUGUUCAAUAUAUAAAUUUAUACACAGAUGAAAAUGUUAGAAGAAAUAGAGCUCCAAGGCCACCUCCUCCUAUUCAAGAUAAUUACUCAAUGUUUGAUAGCAUUUUCAAUGCAGAUGAUACUAUCAUAAGACCUUUAGAAGCCCAGGGAAUUAAAAGGCUAUAUCCACAACAUUUUGACAGAAGGCGAGAACUCAAGAAACUUAACCAUUCACUACUUGUAAAUUUCUUAGAUUUAAUUGAUUUAUUAGUACUAUGUCCAGAGAAUCCUAGAAGAGCAGAAAAGGUAGAAGAUUUAAGUUUGUUAUUCAUUCACAUACAUCAUUUGUUGAAUGAAUUUAGACCUCAUCAAGCUCGUGAAACUCUCAGAGUAAUGAUGGAGUUACAAAGAAGACAGCGCUUGGAAACAGCAACAAGAUUUCAGAAACACUUAGAAAAGGUUCAAGAAAUUUUGCAAAAUGCUUUACAACAGCUACCAGACACUUCUGAAUUAGAAACAAAGCUCUCUGCUCAAACUGAGGAUAUGGAAAUCGACAAUGAUUCAAGUGCAGAACAACAAGCUGUUGAUCCAUGUAGCCCAAGGGAUCGCAUCAUGUGUAAAGUGAUAGAUGAUAUGUUAAUGUUAAACACUUUGUAUUGAAGACUGAUUUACUAAA